CGCCUUUCGAAGCGUGACAAUGGAACCUUAACUUGCAAAAUAUUCAAACCGUGAUAAAAUAAGUUUGCACAUUUAAGGAUAUUGGAUAAAAUGGAGGCCAGAUUCAUGUCAAUGCGACUCGUCAUUGUCUUCCUCGGGGUGUUCCACCUUUUCCCCGCAAUAUACCCCAAGACGACGACGACCCCCACCAAGAUUAACGGAAACGACAUAUUUACCAAGUUAUGGACAAGUUUGGAUCUAACAAAAUACUCGUCCCAACUGCAAAACAGGAAUGGAACUUUGCCCCAAUUGAAGAUGCCGGAUGCAGAGUUUUUCAUAAAAUAUGGAAAUUCGCUUGCGCGGACAGGCGUCGGGCGCGAGGGGAGAUAUUACCUGCGCCGUGCAGAGUUCCGACGGGAUCCGCGACACGACCAAAUGGAGAAGUUCCUACUCACGUAUUUCAUCUCGAAUGAGUAUACUCACCUGAUGGGGAAUCCUAUGCGGGGCGAUAUGUUCGAGAUUAUCAGCCUUGCCGGUAGCAUUGUCGACUUCUGGGGUGGGAUUCCCGAAGACAGGUGCGCCGGAUGAUAUGAAAAUUUAGGACUCUAUUUGAUUAAUACAUACAUACAUAUGUAUCACAUUUUUGAGAUAGUGAAGAUAGAUAUAUACAAUGAGAUAGUGUUUAUUCGCGCUAGAACGAUUUUGAAUUUUGAUACGGUAAAAUGUCCGUAAUUUUGUGUGCAUAAGGAAUCUAUAAUAAGAUUGGGGGAGGGGUGCACUGGUAGUUUUUGCGCCACUGUGUAAAAUGUGCGAAUUUUUCGAUAUUUUUUAUAAUAAAAUGUACACAGUACUUCUGGAAAGAAUUGAACA